GACUUUUUCAUCAAAAACUAUACAUUAUUUAAAGCCACUACUUAAACGAAAAACAAGUCAUCAUUUAACUCAUUAGGAAUUAGAUGUUAAUGUGAAAUGUGUUGAAUUGUGAGAAGAAAAUAAAUGAAUAAAAAUGGGUGAACCGCAAAUUGAAGACGUUUUAAAAAAUAUCUACGAUUUAUACGAAGGUCCUGAUCUUGCUUUAAAAGAAAAAGCAUCGACAUGGCUUGCGGAUUUUCAAAAAUCUAUUUACUCAUGGAAGGUGGCGGAUCAUCUUCUACAGCAGAAAAAUGACUUGAAUUCUUGCUAUUUUGCAGCACAAACAAUGAGAAGUAAAAUUCAACACUCCUUUCACGAGCUUCCUGAAUCCUCACAUACUUCUCUUCGCGACUCAAUUGUUUCUCACAUCGAGCAUAUAACUUUAGAAACAAAUCCAAUUAUAACAAAACAACUUUGUUUGGCUCUUUCAAAUCUCGUUCUAUUGAUGGCAUCAUGGGAGAAGCCGAUAGAGUUUCUCCUUGAAAAGUUUUCUUCCAAACAUGACUCUAUUCAACCUUUACUGCUGACUUUAACUUACAUACCCGAAGAACUUGACGCGCGAUAUCUUCGACUUGGUGACAAUCGACGAAAACAAAUCAUUAAAGAACUCGAAAGCAGUUCACCAAUUUUAAUAAAUUUCCUUCAGAGUUGCUUAACGAACAGUGAUGGGGCUUUCGCUCAAAAGAUUCAAAUCGAUGUCAUAUCGUGCUUCACAUCUUGGGUGAAAAUGAACUGCAUCCCAUUAUCAGAUGCUUCAGGUUCUUACGUCUUCUCAUAUGCUUUUCAAAUACUCGUAAAUCCUGCUGUAUCAAAACUCAUCAAGGAUGUGAUCUUCAUUGUCAAAAGUAUAAGUUGUUUCGAGAGAAUGUUUCGAAUCUUACAAACACCGAACGUGUCAUGGGAAGCUACAGAAGCAGCACUUUUCAUUAUGGAAGCUACAGCAAGAAACAUUUACACUGAAGAAGAUCGAAUUGCACCACAAGUUAUUGAAGCAAUUCUCCAACUUCCUGAUAAUUGUCACAUUGCAAUUCGUUACACUUCAGUGAAUAUUCUCGGUCAACUUUGUGAUUGGAUUGCAGCCCAUCCGACGGUAUUGGAAAGAGUUUUAAACUUUCUUCUAAAUGCAUUACAAAGGAAAGAAAGUUUAGCAUCAGCAUCAGCUCAGUCACUACAAUUAAUCUGUUCAGCAUGUCAUCGUGAUAUGAUUCAUCAUAUCAGUGGACUUAUUGAAAUUGCACGUUGCUUAGAAAUGUUUGAGAUUGCACCAGAUGCUGCAAUUGUUUUAUUAAAAGGAAUUGCAAUCAUAAUCAAUCGAUUGCCAUCUGAACAGAUAUUAAAUGUGAUGAGACAAUUGUGCGGAUUCCAAAUAACUCACAUUCAUAUGUUGAUGGAGAAAGACAACAAAACCGACCCAACACAAUGGAUUGAUCGUUUAGCAUCAAUUUAUCGUCAUGUUAAUCCUAAAUUAGAGAAGAAUCAGCAACAAGAGAAUCCUGCCACAAUUGUCAUCUUGGAGCAUUGGCCUGAAUUAUCUCGAAUGAUUGAUUGCUAUCAACAUGAUGCAAAAAUCAUGGAAAGGAUUGUUCGUUGCAUUCGUUAUGCCAUUCGAUGUAUCUCAGAGCAAUCAUUGCCAAUUCUUGAACCUUUAGUGAAGCAAAUGGUGGAAGUUUAUGCAACACACACACAUAGUUGCUUGCUUUAUCUUGGCAGCAUUCUAGUCGAUGAAUUUGGUCACGAUAUGAGAUGCGUGAAUGGACUUCUUAAAAUGCUCGAAGCAUUCAUCGAGCCAACAUUCAACAUUCUUCAAAUGGAGAAUGGAUUGAAGAAUCAUCCAGACACAGUCGAUGACUUCUUUCGUUUAGCUGUUCGUUACAUUCAACGGAUGCCACUGCAUUUCCUUCAAAGUCCUAUUGUAUCGCCAAUUAUACAAUGUGCAACACUUGCUUGUACCCUCGAUCAUCGUGAUGCUAAUGCUUCGGUUAUGAAAUUUAUUUCGAACCUUUUGGCACAUGGAAAACCAAAUGGCAAUUCUGAAAUUCGUCCUUUUGUUCAGCAUAUUGUGGAGUUACAAGGAGAAACUUUAGUUGGAAAUUUACUUUACUCCUCAAUAUUCUGUUUGCAUCAUAAUAUGUUAGGAGAUGUUGCUGAUGCUCUUUUGGAAAUCAAAAUAAUAAAUAAUGAUGCGUUUGGUGAAUCCGUGCAGAAAUCAUUGAGUCAACUUCCAAGGAAAAAUGCUGGUGGAUCUGUAACAGCGACUGACACACAAAUGGCUGAAUUUUAUCAAUGCAUUACCAAAGCAAAUGUAAGUGUGCGACAAGUGACACAUGCACUUGAUGACUUUUGUCGAUUGUUUCGGUAAAAAAAAUGAAUGAAAGGCAGCAUUUUAGAAGUGAGACAACAUGGAAACGAAUGGAACAUAAAUACAACAAAAUAAUUAGAUUAAUAACAAUUAAUGUAUUCAAUAUAUUGAAAAUAAAAAGAGAAAAUGUUAAACUUGAAAACUUC